AAUUUGAAAGCCCAAAAAGUAUAUAAAGAUAAAUCAAAAUAAAAAGGAGCAGAAAAAAGUUGUUUAUCUUCGAAGAGGAAAAAAGUUUCAUCUCGUUGGAGGUAAAAAAGAUUAAGGAGUAAAAUAAGGGAAUAAACAAGAAAGGUAAUUGCAAGUGGAAAACAUAAUUUUACCUGUUUCAACAGAAGAAGAAAAAAAGGAAGAAAAUUUUUCUGUACAAAAAAAAUUAGAUCAAAUAGUAGGAAACAAAAUAGCAAUAGUAGUGAAGUGAAGGAGUAAGAAUAUUGUUGCCAUUUGAAUCUUGCAAAACUGGAAAAAAUCAUUGGAAAAGGCGAGUUUUUCAACCUUCCUCAUGAGGAAUCCAAUGGAUUGAGUUUUUCAAUGAAAGUCACGAUAUGUGGAAGCUUGCAUCAGCUCUUUGGGAAGCAACUAGAAAAAGAUCUUUGUCAAAAUCGGAACAAGACACGGAAUCUCAUUAUCAAGAUACAAGUUCAAAUAACAACAAUAACAACAACGAGGAAACUCAUCAGUCUUCAUCGGCAGUCAAACAAUCGACUACAACUGGACCAGUUUCCUCUUCAGUCUCUUCAUCUCAACCUCAUCCAUCACCAAAACAUACUCGUCCUGCUCAUGGAUCAUCACACUCACCAACACCUUGUUCAUCUCCAUCAUCACCCUCACCUGCAUCAUCUCAAUGUGACAUAUCUCUUGUAUUGCCUUUUCGUUUUGAGCCUCUGGACCAUGAUCAUCAUCUCUGUGAAAGGGUUGUCAUCAAUGUGAGCGGGCUUCGUUUUGAAACUCAACUGCGAACUCUUCAUAAUUUUCCAGAUACUCUUCUAGGUGAUCCUAAUCGCCGCAUUAGAUUUUACGAUCCAAAUCGUAACGAAUAUUUCUUUGAUCGAAGUCGAACCGUUUUUGAUGCCAUUUUGUAUUUUUAUCAAAGUGGAGGUCGCUUAAGGAGACCUGCUAAUGUACCAUUAGAUGUUUUUGUUGAAGAGGUUCGUUUCUUUGAGCUUGGUGAUGCUGCUUUCAACAAAUUCCGUGAAGAUGAAGGUUAUGUAAAGGAAGAAGAAAAACCAUUGCCAAUUAAUGAGCUUCAACGUAAAGUUUGGCUUCUUUUUGAGUAUCCAGAAAGCUCACAGGCAGCUCGAGUAGUGGCCAUAACCUCGGUUGCCGUUAUCUUAAUUUCCAUUGUGAUCUUUUGCUUAGAAACUCUGCCCGAGUUUAAGCAUUACAAAAUAUUCAAAACAUCUAGCAAUAUAACCCGUGUAAUUGAAGAUGAAGUGCCCUCUGUCAAUGAACCCUUUUUUAUCAUUGAAACUCUUUGUAUAAUAUGGUUUUCAGUAGAACUUUCAGUUCGUUUUCUUUCCUGUCCAUCCAAAAUUGCAUUCAUAAAGGAUAUAAUGAAUUCAAUUGAUCUGAUGGCAAUCAUACCAUACUUUAUAACACUAGCCACAGUUUUCGGUGAUAAGGAGCAAGAUCAUCAUAAAUUUGUCAGUGAAAAACAAAGCCAAGCAAUGUCACUGGCUAUACUUCGAGUGAUUCGCUUAGUCCGAGUCUUCCGUAUUUUUAAGCUUUCUCGACACUCCAAAGGAUUACAAAUAUUGGGGAUGACGCUGAGAGCUUCACUCCGAGAACUUGGACUUUUAAUGUUCUUCCUUUUUAUUGGAGUAAUUCUUUUCUCCUCAGCAGUUUAUUAUGCUGAAGCCGAUUCCGAGCGAUCUUACUUUAAAUCAAUUCCCGAUGCUUUCUGGUGGGCUGUAGUUACGAUGACUACUGUAGGUUAUGGUGACAUGAGACCCAUUGGAGUUUUGGGUAAAAUUGUUGGAUCUCUUUGUGCAAUUGCCGGUGUAUUGACCAUUGCUCUCCCAGUUCCAGUUAUUGUUUCCAAUUUUAACUAUUUCUACCAUCGAGAAACUGAUCAAGAAGACCUCCAGUCGCAUAAUUUGGAUCAUGUUGGUAGUUGUCCAUUUCUUCCGACCAAUCUUGGAGACACUAGACUCCGUCAUACCUCUUAUAGUGAUCUUAAAUUGAACUAUUAUACCGACGAAAACGGUCAAAAGAUUACAAGGCCUCCACGGAAACAUGCCAAGGGAUAUAGUGGUUCUGGUAGUUUUAAAAAUGUAACUAUUUCUAUCAGCCAAGAUGGUCAAUAUGAGUCCAUUGUGCAAGGCCGAAGAGAAUCAGUUAGACCAUGUGAUAACACAAUAUUGGAUGGAUUAAGAAGUGAAGAUGCUCGUGUAAAAAUUGUUGAAGAUACAAAUGGUGUCACAAGCUCUAGACAUCUAAGCCAUUAUCACAAAUUACCUCGAGAAGAUCGCAAACGCAGAUCCGUCAAAGUCAAAGUCACAGAUUCAUAUGGUGAUUCUAGUGAUACUUUGAAACCCUCAGUUAGUGAUACUAGAGGUUUAAGAAGAGGUUCCAUGCUAUCAGGUUAUGGGUCAGUAAGUGGUCCAGAUGUUAGUGGUUUUGUGAGUAGAUCAUCAUUCAAAGGUAAUAGAUCAGUUAAGCCAACAUUGCCAUUGUCUGUAUUAAAACCAGUCCCACUUCCACAUUCAUCUUUAGCCGCACCAGGCUCUCGAACCUUACCAGGAUCCUCAACAGCAUCUACAACUUUCCAUAUGACCAGUGCAAUUCCUCCAACAACCCGAGCUUCGCUCAGAGUGCGAUCAAAAACCAAAGGACAUUCAGUGACACGAACGACUUCCCUUGUAGAAAGUUCACAUAAUCCAAGUGACGCAGGUGGUUUUUUCAAUAUUUGACAGCACACAAAUAAACAAAUCACGGGGCAAUUACGAGUCAGGCGUUUCUGGCAACCAUAAUGGAGGCACUAAACAAAACCUAAAAUCAAAAUAAAAAUAAAAAUAUUAUAGUGUGUAUGCAUAAAAAAAGUGUUUCAUAAACACUUACAAAUCACUUAAUGAAACAAAAAACACAAAGCAUCAAAACAAAACGCCAUAAUUCACCAACAUAUCAUAAAUGUAAUUGUUCAAUUUGUUUAAUGUAAAACUAAAGCCAGAAAAAUUUCAGGUUAACAAAUUGUUUUUAUCAAUUUUGAACAUAAACCUUAAUGAAUAUUCUUCUUGUCAA